AUGGACGACCUGACAGACCAGCCCAUCGAUGCCGUGUUCGGUGACCGCGUUCGUCGUUUCCAAGAAUUUCUCGAUCGAAUCGACUCCAAUAAUGUCGAAUACAGGUCACAAAUCCGCGAUAUGUUGACAAAGGGCAAAUUCCGGUUGACGGUUUCUCUCGAUGAAAUCCGGGAAUUUGACCGUGAAUUCUGGCUGGGUCUUCUUAAUACUCCAGCAGAUUUCCUCCCAGCGUGCGAAAGAGCGUUGCGUGAUACGGUGUUGACGAUUUACGACCCCAAUGAUUCGAGAUUUGACCACAUGGAUGAAAACCAGCAGUUCUAUCUUUCGUUUAAAGGGUCUUUAGGUGACCAUCACGUGUCGCCCCGGUCCAUUACCUCGAACCAUAUCUCCAAAAUGGUGUCUGUAGAAGGUAUUGUCACCAGAGCGUCUUUGGUGCGGCCAAAAAUCAUUCGCUCCGUCCACUACGCCGAGGAAACCAAUCGAUUUUACGCUAGAGAUUACCGCGACCAAACCACCUCGUUCGACCCAAUUUCCACUCCGGCAAUCUACCCCACUGAAGAUUUGGACGGUAACAAAUUAACCACCGAAUAUGGUUACUCUACUUAUCGCGAUCAUCAAAAAAUUUCGGUGCAAGAAAUGCCCGAAUCUGCCCCAGCAGGUCAGCUUCCGCGUUCGGUGGACGUGAUUUUGGAUGAUGAUUUGGUGGACACCACCAAGCCCGGCGAUCGUAUCCAGAUUGUGGGUGUAUAUCGUGCCCUUGGAGGUGCCAAUAAUAAUAGUUCGUCUUUCAAAACGGUAAUUUUGGCCAAUUCGGUGUAUCCGUUGCAUGCGAGGUCUACUGGUGUUGCUUUCCAAGACAAAUUGACCGAUAUAGAUAUCAGAAACAUCAACAAGAUGUCGAAAGAGAAGAAAAUUUUCGACAUUCUUUCCCACAGUUUGGCUCCUUCCAUCUAUGGAUUCGACUACAUCAAGAAGGCAGUAUUGCUUAUGCUCAUGGGAGGUGUCGAAAAGAAUCUCGACAAUGGUACCCAUCUUCGUGGAGACAUCAAUAUUUUGAUGGUGGGAGAUCCUUCGACAGCCAAAUCUCAAAUGCUUAGAUUUGUCUUAAACACCGCAGCCUUGGCUAUUGCUACAACCGGUAGAGGAUCGUCUGGUGUUGGUCUCACCGCAGCCGUCACUUCAGACAGGGAAACAGGAGAAAGACGACUCGAAGCAGGUGCAAUGGUAUUGGCCGAUAGAGGUAUUGUUUGUAUUGAUGAGUUCGAUAAGAUGUCUGACAUUGAUCGUGUGGCCAUUCACGAAGUCAUGGAACAGCAAACGGUUACCAUUGCAAAGGCAGGUAUUCAUACUACGUUAAAUGCUCGUUGUUCGGUCAUAGCCGCCGCAAAUCCCGUGUUUGGCCAGUACGAUGUCCAUAAAGAUCCACACAAGAACAUCGCUUUGCCUGACUCCCUUUUGUCUCGUUUCGAUUUACUUUUCGUGGUCACUGAUGAUGUACAACCUACAAGAGACCGUAUUAUUUCGGAACACGUUUUGCGAAUGCAUCGGUUUAUUCCUCCAGGAUUAGUGGAGGGUGAACCGAUUCGUGAAAAAUCGACGGUUUCCCUUGCAGUUGGCGACGAGUCUACUGCAGAACAAGAAUUACAAGAACAACCAGUCUUUGAAAAGUUCAAUGCACUCAUUGCCGGCGAAGAGGCAUCACGUAAGAAGACGCUUGUGUCUAUACCGUUUUUGAAAAAGUAUAUUCAAUAUGCCAAGCAGAGAGUGCAACCAGUUUUGACAAAUGCUUCGUCUGAGUAUAUCACUGAGACGUAUUCUGCAUUGAGAAAUGAUCUCAUCGACAUGAACCAGCGUCACACAGCUCCUAUUACGGCAAGAACUUUGGAAACGCUUAUUCGUCUUGCAACUGCACAUGCCAAGGUUCGUCUAUCCAGAACCAUUGAUGUCAAGGAUGCCAAAGUUGCGGAAGAGAUGUUACGUUUUGCUCUCUUCAAGGAGGUCACAAGAAAGUCCCAUGCCAAGAAGAGAAGGACGGAGGAAGACAAUGAGAGCGAUGGUGCGGAAAGUGAAACCGACAGCGAGGAAGAAGUCAUUCCUUCAAGAACAAGAACCAGUGCAAGGUUGAGAGAAAGACAAACACCCGAGUCCAAUGCCACGGCUUCAUCCGAAUCAGCAGAAACUCCGGAUUCCUCAGAACAAGAGUCGCUAGCAGACACUUCAGUUCAGCGCAAUCUUGAUAAUCUUCAUAUUUCGACCGCAUCAAACGCCAAUCGUAAUAGUGAGAUUACGAACGAAAGAUACGCCAAGUUUGUUAGACUUAUGGCCGAAGUUGUGCGCACGCCGCUCUUCGAGAACGAGACCACUUCUUGUGCCAUUGACACCGUUGUGGAAGCGGUCAAUGCAAACCUUGCGCAGGAAGAAGUAUAUGCUCCAACCGAGAGUCGCGCGGCACUCGAGAGAAUGCAUAACGAAGAGAAGAUAUUUUUGACUGACGGAAAAGUAAUGAGGAUGUAA